AUGCUUGGCUUAUCGAGUGCCACGGUGACCAUUGCCGGCCUCUUGGCGCUUUGUGGCAACUGCCAGGCUGCCAAUUCCCGAAACUCUGCAAACGACAACGCGGUCGUUGUUGAUGGCACUGCCUUCACUCUCAAUGGCGACAAUGUGUCCUACCGCUUCCAUGUAGACAACAGCACCGGUGAUCUGCUGUCAGACCACUUUGGUGGCAGCAUCACCGGUCCUCUCCCAAUGGAGCCAACACCCGAAGUCAAUGGAUGGGUUGGGAUGCCGGGUCGUGUUCGCCGCGAGUUCCCAGACUCAGGGCGAGGCGAUUUCCGUAUCCCCGCCGUGCGUGUUCGCCAGUCUGCUGGCUACACGGUGUCCGACCUACAGUAUCAAUCCUACUCGGUCGUCAAGGGAAAGCCUGCCUUAUCUGGUUUGCCAGCAACCUUUGGAAACGACCAGGAUGUCAGCACGUUGGUGGUGCAUCUCUACGACAACUACAGCUCUGUCGCAGCGGACCUGACGUACUCUGUCUUCCCCAAGUACGAUGCCAUUGUGCGAAGUGUCAACAUUACCAACAAGGGCACGGGAAACAUCACGAUCGAGGGAUUGGCCAGUCUGAGUGUGGACUUGCCUUAUGAGGAUCUUGAUAUGAUCAGCCUUCGAGGCGAUUGGGCAAGAGAGGCCCGUCGGGAACGUCGCAAGGUUGAAUAUGGAAUUCAGAGUUUUGGAAGUACCGCGGGCUUCUCGUCUCAUCUGCAUAACCCAUUCCUGUCCCUCGUGCAUCCCUCGACCACCGAGUCCCAGGGCGAGGCAUGGGGAUUCUCCCUCGUCUACACCGGGUCUUUCGCUGUGGAUGUCGAGAAAGGCUCCCAGGGAUUCACGCGUGCAUUACUCGGCUUCAAUCCCAACCAGUUAUCAUGGCCUCUCGGUCCGGGAGACACUCUGACCUCUCCCGAAUGUGUCUCUGUCUAUUCCAAAGACGGCAUCGGUGGCAUGUCCCGGUCAUUGCAUCGCCUGUAUCGUAACCAUCUGAUCAAGAGCAAAUUCGCCACCGAUGACCGGCCCGUGCUGCUCAACAGCUGGGAGGGACUCAGCUUCGACUAUAACCAGAGCAGCAUCUACCGGCUGGCACAAGAAUCGGCUGAUUUAGGAACGAAGCUGUUUGUCAUGGAUGACGGUUGGUUUGGCGACAAGUACCCGCGCACUGACGACACUGCUGGUCUGGGUGACUGGGUGCCGAAUCCAGCACGAUUCCCUGAUGGUCUGUCGCCUUUGGUGUCGAAUGUCACAGAUCUGAAGGCUGCAAACUCGUCUGACAAAUUGCGCUUCGGUAUCUGGGUGGAGCCGGAGAUGGUCAAUCCCAAUUCGAGUCUGUAUCGCGAACAUCCCGAUUGGGUUCUCCAUGCAGGAUCGUAUCCCCGUACAGAGCGACGGAAUCAGCUUGUGUUGAAUGUCGCAUUGCCUGAAGUCCAGCAAUUCAUCAUUGACUCUGUUUCCAACAUUCUCAACAGUGCCAAUAUCACUUAUGUCAAGUGGGAUCACAACAGAGCUGUCCAUGAGAUGCCCUCGCCGAGCAACAAUCAUGCAUACAUGCUGGGGAUGUACCGCGUCUUUGACACUCUGACAUCUCGAUUCCCCAACGUCCUCUGGGAGGGAUGUGCCUCUGGAGGCGGCCGAUUCGAUCCCGGUGUGCUGCAGUUCUUCCCUCAGAUCUGGACUUCUGACGAUACCGAUGCCGUAGAGCGCAUCUCCAUCCAGCUCGGCACCUCGCUCGCAUACCCACCCAGCGCGAUGGGAGCUCAUCUCUCCGCCGUGCCGAACCAGCAAACCGGACGUACCAUUCCAGUGACCUUCCGCGGUCAUGUCGCCAUGAUGGGUGGAUCAUUUGGCCUUGAACUCGACCCCACUGAGAUUCAUGAGGACGAAAAGGCUGCUCUUCCUGAGCUGAUCGCCUUGGCCGAAAAGGUCAACCCCGUCGUGCUCAAUGGAGAUAUGUGGCGGCUUAGUCUUCCCGAAGAGUCCAACUGGCCGGCUGUUCUGUUCAUCUCUGAGGAUGGUUCACAAGCUGUGCUGUUUUAUUUCCAACUCAGCCCGAAUGUGAACCAUGCCACACCCAGGAUUCGACUACAGGGACUUGACUCGCAGGCAAUGUACAGUAUUGAUGGAAAUGGGACCUAUUCGGGUCAAACCUUGAUGAACAUGGGAUUGCAAUAUCCUUUUGACACGGAUUAUGGUAGCAGGGUCGUAUUUUUGGAGAAGCAAUAA